AUGCAAUUCAUCAAAUCUUUCCCUGCCACCGGAAUAAGCAACAUCAAUCUGGCAUUAAAUAAAAGUUUGGAUCACUUGAAUGAUACGAGACCCGGUCGAUUCCAGGCUGUCUACUUCCUCACCGACGGAUUCCAAUCGACGACAGAUGUGAGGACAAAUACAAUUAUCAACCAAGUCAAGCAUAUCAACAAGGGUCGCAAUAUACCAAUAUUUACUUUAGCCCUUGGUUCAACAUCAGAUGUCAUAUUGUUACGAGCCACUGCAGCAGCCACUGGUGGCAAAUUUAAAAAAAUCUAUGAACGCCAGCUGUCAUAUGCAGUCGAAUUAAUGGUUAAUUUCUUCGGCGAAAUCAAUACACAUUUAUUGAACAACUUGACACUUAAAAACUGCGAUAAAGACGCUCAUCGCUUCGACAUGUCACGUGACUAUUACCGAGGCUCCGAGAAUAUUUUCUACAUUACUCCCGACUGUUUCCCUAGCAACAACUACCAGAUGGUCGUUGUCACUGGCAGAGGAUACAAUGGCAUAAACAACUACACAGCGCCGCUCCUUAACAGUGACCUCGGUCUUUAUAAUGAUAAUCAGAAAGAGGAAUUUCUAAAAAGUUAUUUAGAAUUUUUAGCCCUGAGAACAGCGAUUAACAUGGAUGACAGAAAAGCAAUCCGCGCAUAUCCAGGUCUCGUUUUGACUCCUUGGUCUUUUAUAACAUUCCAACCGCCAUCUGCAAUCGGACUCAACCAAAGUGGUUCAUCUUCUGGUGCUGACAUAAAUAAAAUUUGGAUGCAAGAAAUCACGGGAGCAGGCGUUGGCGACCCGCAUUUUAUGAUAGAACUCAAGGGACUGAAGAGGCCGGUCUGCUUUAAUAUGAUGGGAAAACCUGGAGAUGUCAUUAAUCUUGUUUACGAUAAGCGAAAUGGUAUUUUUGUGAACGCAAAGAUCAUCUGCAGCGAUGUUGACUGCCAGAAGACUUACCUGGGCGUAAUCAGUGUGUCAGCUCCGACAGAGAAAUGGACCAUUUCGCCGGAAGACGUUCAGGUAACCAGGCGCCAUUCGUGGCAAGAUGAAAGCCGUCCACUCAAAGACCAAUUCACUGCCCACUAUACUGACCGCCGAUCGAUUGUUAUGACAUGGAAAUCCAGCGAGAAAAAGGUCAUCAAAUUGUUGAUUCGAAGAUCACAGUCGAAGAAAACCAAAGGAACCAAAUAUCUUGACUUUUACUUGAUGAAUGGCAGUGGACUUAGCAAUACCACAGACGGCCUCAUCGGUCAGUUUACGAAUCGUCGUGGAGUUAUUUUCAAAGUGAGACGAACUGCAAAUGGCAAAAUGAAGUCUGAUAUCCGAAUUCAUUACAAAAACAGAUAUCGAACUUUCUCAGCUGUGUUAACAGGAAACCGGCGCUCGUUCCAAUUACGAAAAGAGUGUUGGACAGUGUGGAAAGAAGGUAGGGGCCUCGUAAGAGGCACUUACCAAGACUACGUUACGCAAGGGCUGUUCCAAGUGCCCAUCUUUAAACAACACCUACGAGCUCAAAAGACGUGA